CUCUUUUUGAGCUAUAUCAAUUGAACACUUUCAUUUGGUGUACUCUUCCUUUUCCAUGGUAGAGAGAUGGGAAAGCUAGGUAAUGAUCUACACAUCCAGCACUUUAGCCAUCCCCAUCUGCUAGAGCUAACCAACCCUCAGACUCUUAACAUCACUCCAUGUUCAGGCUGCAAGCUCCAAUCCUCCGGAUGGAUGUACACUUGCAAACCCUGUAACUUCACCCUACAUACAUCCUGCAGUCAACUGCCUCAACUCAUCACCCAUCCAGCCCAUCCUGGCCACUCUCUGAGCCUCCUCCCAACCCCUGCCUACCCCAUCGGCUAUUUCAGCUGUGAUGCCUGUGGUCAACACGGCCAUGGCUUCAACUACCAUUGCGAUCAGUGUGAUUUUGACAUCCACACCAUCUGUGCUUCCAAGCCACUUUUUCUACACCACCAAACUCAUCCUUGCCAGCUUCAACUCUUCUUUUACCCUCCUUACCAAACCAAAGGCUUCUCUUGUGAUGUCUGCCAUCAGGUUGGGUCAAACCAUUGGCUAUAUCGAUGUAGUAUAUGUGAAUUUGAUGUCCAUUUGACUUGUGCAAAUAUUGCAACUUUUACAAGCACGCCUAGACAAGCAAAUAUCCAGUUUCAGCCAUGGACUUCAUUUCCAGGACCAGCUCAAAACAAUUUGCAGUAUAGAAACGCGCCUGUACAAAUGAAUAAUCAAUCUUACAUGCAGCCUCAGAGCCAAAACAAUGGAACAACCAUGUCAAGAAACACUUUGAUGAAUGUUGUUCUUGGGAGCUUUGUAGAAGGCGCAGCACAACAAGUUGGCCAGAAUUUUGUGCAAAGUUUGCUGGGUGAUGAUUCCAGUAAUGGUGGCAAUUAAAUGGUGAUUGGUGACAAUGGAGGCAACAAUUCUUCUUCAUCUACACUUGGUAUUGGAUUUUCUCUUCGGAAUGUUGUAUUCGGUACCUCCUGACCAUUGUCUGAAAAUUGGAUGAUCAUCAAGAAUUCAAAACGGGCAAUCAACCGGUGCAAUUGGUGUACUGGGGUAAAACAGGAGAAAAAUAAUAAUAAUAAAGUUGAAUUGCCUUUUUUUUUUCUUGUAUAAACUUUUGUUGUGCCAUAAGGCCAUAUCUUAAAAGGUUGAAGUCUUUUGUUUAAUGUGAAAAACAACUUCCUUUAGUUUGCAACUGCCAAUGGUUUUUCUAAUUUCUUCCUAAAUCAAACUUCUUGUUGCUACUUGCCAAGCCAUAAAGUCAAGUUGAACUUCUUCACUUUUACAUGAAAAAAAAAAGGUGAAGUAGUAAAAGCUGUGAUAAAGAAUUAAAAGGCAAAGCUGGGACUGGGAUUCAAAACUCAAUGGGUGGGUGAAUUGUUGGAGCCUUCAAAAAAUCUUGAUUUCAAACACAUGCAUGCACUUAUUUAGGCAGGAAUGGGGACUCAAAUAUUAACUAAGAUAACAGGUUUUUUCUAUUAAUAGAUCUGUUAUCUUUAAAUCUCUUAAAAAUAAUUGAGCGAACUAAAUUCUUAAAUAUUUAUGCCAAGAGCAUUAGAAGAAUCUUUUAUGUAUGGAUUUUUAUUUUCAUUUUAUAAUUUUAAUAAUAUAACCAACAUAAUGCAUUUUCAUUAUAUUUCCUUUAUUUCUCCCCUAAAUUUGCUUUUUCAUUUGUAUCCUUU